UGUAGCAUACAUGUCUUUUUGGGAGAUUUCUUACUAGUGAAAGCGUUUUUUAUAUCCAAAUUCUUUGUGAUGUCGUAAUAUUCUGACAAAAUCUUGUGCGUGCUAUUAACGGUUUGUAUUAUAAUAACGAUUUACUCUCUUUCAUGAGAGUUGAGUGGAAAACUUUUAUCAGUCGAAGAGUAAACAUUUUGACAGGAGGACGGCCGAAACCUUGGACAUACUGUGAGUAGUGAGAUGUCCAAUGUAUCCUAAACGGGUUAGGAUAAAGUCGAUAGAGCUCAAUGGCUGAGCGCCUCAGCCCUCGAAGCUCCGAGGUGAACGCCUUGGAACAACGAGGCUAUCUCAUCGGCAAGAAAAUCGGACAAGGAUCGUACGCCACUGUCCACCUGGCGGAGUACUGCGAUGCAUCCAGCCCCAAGCGGAUGCACCUCGCGUGCAAGAUAUUUGACAAAGAAAAAGCACCUCGGGAUUUUUUAGAGAAGUUUUUCCCUCGUGAACUCGACAUCCUAACUAAGAUCGAGAACCCCCACAUCAUCCAAGUGCACAGCAUCUUGCAGAGGGGACCGAGAGUGUUCAUUUUCAUGCGAUAUGCUGACAACGGAGACUUGCUGGAUUUCAUAAAACGCAAUGGCGUCGUACCAGAAAAUCAGGCGAAACUGUGGUUCAGACAGAUGGCUAGUGGCUUGCAGUAUCUGCACAGUAAAAAUAUAGCGCAUCGCGACCUCAAGUGCGAGAACAUACUGUUGUCGAGGCGGUUCAAUGUAAAACUGGCUGAUUUCGGGUUUGCAAGAUUCUGCACUGAUGGAGAGAACCGGCGCGUUCUCAGCCAGACCUACUGUGGCUCUGCCGCGUACGCCGCCCCAGAAGUCGUAAGCGGGACCCCUUACAACCCCAAGCUCGCUGAUGUGUGGUCACUGGGAAUAAUUCUGUUUAUCAUGCUGAACGCGUCUAUGCCAUUCGACGACUCAAACUUGCGUAAGCUGCUGAAAGAUCAAAUGUCCCGUAAUUGGGUGUUCCGUUCUAGAAUUCGUGAUACUGUAUCUGCGGCGGCAAAGUCUAUCGUGCGGCAUAUUCUGGAGCCGGAUAUAACGCUGCGCCUGACCCUCGACCGCGUGUUGUCGCACGAGUGGACGCGGCCCCGCAAGGACAAGAGCGCCAGCCUGAUGGGGCGGCUGGUGCAGUCGGCGCCGUCGGCCCCGCACGCGCCUGGAAAGCGCGAGCACGAUGAGGCGGGCACGUCGGCCGGCGCGCGCGUCUCCGGCGACCACCGCGAGACCGAGCGUGAGCGCCACGACGACAUCAACAUGCGCUCCCACGAUUAACAAAUCUGUAUUAAUAAGUUUAAUGAGCAAAAAAGUGUUAUAAUCUCUAAAUGUUUCGACCCUCAAAAAUCGAAAAUUCUUUUUAUUAUUUUGAUUUUUUUUACAAUUGUCGACUUAACUAUUGUUAGUCGCCAAUAGUGAAAAUAAAGUUUUUAUAUAAA